UGAAGGAUUUGGUGCUGAUGCCCGUCCACACAAAGCCUGAGGAUUCAGUGAAGGAACUCGAUGAACUGUACGACGUGUUUCAGGAUGUCAAGAAGAAGUGGAAGACUGAUAACAUCAUGAUUUUGGGGGACUUCAAUGCAGACGGUAGUUAUGUGUCUGAUAAAGAGAUGAAAACAAUCCGCAUCCGCAGUGACAAAGACUUCCAUUGGCUGAUCAAGGAUGACGAGGACACCACAGCCAGCACACGCAACGACAACACUUACGACCGGAUUGUGGUUUAUGGAGACGAUAUGCUGGACGCUGUUGUUGCAAAUUCUGCAAAACCAUUCAACUUCCAGAAGGCCUUCAAACUGAAAGAUGAGGAGGCACUGAAAGUGAGUGAUCACUAUCCAGUAGAGGUGGAACUGAAGAAUAAACGUUAAUCAAAGAGGAUUGAACAUUUGGAGACGUGACAAGUGAGACUGGAGAGCUGAAUAUAAAGAUGGAUCAGCUUGAACAAACACUU